AUGCUCUCAAGCAACAGAUGGCACGUUCUGGCGCUGUUCCUAGCUUUUGUCCCUCGGACAAUGGCAGAUAUCUGCGCGACACUCAAGGCCGGGGGCAUUGAUAUCGAAGACCGUAUUUCAUUGGCCUACAACACCGACCUGACCGAGUAUUGGUCCGCGGCAUGCGGCGAUCUCAAGCCAACAUGUAUUGCAGCUCCAUCCAGUGCAGCGGAGAUGGCGCAGGUAAUCAAGAACCUGUACGACGUGGAUACUCUCUUUGCCAUCAAGAGCGGAGGCCAUAAUCCCAACAAUGGAUUUUCUAGUUUCCAGGACGGAUUGCUGGUUUCGACUAAGAAUCUAGAUCAGGUUGACUAUAACCCCACGGAUCAGACUGUUGUUAUCGGUCCUGGGCUUUCAUGGGAAGAAGCCCAGAAGGGUCUCGCGGGAACUGGUCGGGCUAUUGUUGGAGGUCGAAUGGGAGGAGUUGGGGUCGGUGGAUAUAUGCUCGGAGGCGGUAUGAGUUUCUUGAGCACCCAAUACGGCUGGGCUGCGAACAAUGUCAAGGACUUCGAAGUUGUCCUGGCCAAUGGCACUAUUGUUCACGCAACUGAAACCGAAAACCCAGACCUCUUCAAAAGCUUGAAAGGAGGCGGCAACAACUUCGGUGUUGUUACUGCAUACACCGUGCAGACACAUCCUCAAGACCAUAAGGUCUGGGGUGGCAAUUAUGUUUACACAUCCGACAAAGCCGCCGAUAUUCUCACAGUAGUGCGCAACUUCACCGACGAGUAUCCCGACGACAAGGCGGCAAUAAUCCUGACAUUCGAGCGCGGUCUCGUAGUUGACCUGUUCUUCGACGGGUUCACUGCUAUUGAACACACCUCAACCGCCAAAACCUGGGAUACUUACUACGACCUGCUCAAGAACAACGACUUCUUCAUUCUUAAGGGGCAACGCUAUAACAUCGCUACCGAGACCACGCCUCUUCCUAAUAAGACCGUGGGAGCAGCCCCGCUCCAGGAGUACUAUGAGCAUUUCCGCGACGUUACCGGGUCCGUACUAGGAGUAACCGGGAUAAUAGGCACAGUUUCCUUCCAGCCCAUGCCCAAGACAUUUUCCCAAAAGGCUAAGGACCGGGGUGGAGACCUCCUCGAUAUUCCCUCCGAUCAACCGUACAUUAUCCUGGAACUUGGCUUCUCCUAUGGGCUAUCCAUCGACGACAGCAAGGUCGACGCAGCCACGGUCGAACUCUACCAGGGAAUGGACAACCUGGCCCAGAAGAACAUCGACAACGGUCUUCUUCCCGACGUGUAUCGACCAUUGUUUAUGAACGACGCAUACUACCGCCAGGAUUACUGGGGCCGUAUUAGCCCCGAGUCCAUGGCGCUUGCUCUGAAGACGAGGAAGGCGUAUGAUCCCCAGGAAUUCUUCCAAAAGCGGACGAGUGGAGGCUGGAGGCUGAAGGACUAG